ACCAAUAGUUUAGACUUAUUCAUAAUUUAAAAGUAACUGAAUUUUACUUUAUCUUUAAUUACAUUUAAAUAUCAGCCUUGAAUUUAAAGUUUGAAAAGCAUUGUUAAACGAAAACCUAUCGAAGUUACUAAGUAAUUGGAUUUUAAUUGUGAAUUAUUAUAAAAGAUACUUUACUACCGUUUAAGUUUCUUGGUGAGCUAAUUAGCAUUAAAAGUCAGUCGUCUCAUAACCCUUGAUACGCUUAAUAAAGGCAAGCACAUCUGCUGUCCCCCACAACCUCCAACACAUACAGUCCAAACAUUGAUUUGCAUUGGUGGCGACCAAUAGAUUCAACAAACAUCAUCUUGCUCCACCAAUCCCCCCAUACUCCAAUCUAGUUUAAACAUGGUCCACUCGAGGAGAGAACACUCAAACCAGCAAAGAUCAACAUCAAGCGUAAGCGAAGAGAGCAGAAGAACAUCAAUCCAUCAUCAGCAACGGUCGCCCAACAUGUAUAAAUGCAAGUUAUGCAAUAAGUUCCACGCACUGAAGGUUUGUCCCAAAUUUCUGAAAAUGACGCCAAAACAGCGAAAUGUUUUGGUACUUAAAGAAACGUACUGCGUAAAUUGUCUUGCAAGAAGCCACAGAUUCCGCGAUUGUCGAUCCCGCAAUAUGUGCAGAAGAUGCGGAAGGCCACACAAUACUUUACUUCACCCCAAUUACACGAAUCGAAAAGGAAACCAGACCAGCAACAACAGCACCAAAAGCGGCAACAACAGUGGCAACAACAGUAGCAACAACAGCAGAGACAAUAACAACAGCAACAACAACCAAUGUGAAUCUGGGGCAAAUCAGAAAAUUUUGUCUGAAGCUAUUCGUGCGUUAGCAACCGUUCUAUGUUCGUCACCAAAGUGAUUUUGUCCGCGGUGGCAGCAUGUCUAAACCAAUAGUUUAGACUUAUUCAUAAUUUAAAAGUAACUGAAUUUUACUUUAUCUUUAAUUACAUUUAAAUAUCAGCCUUGAAUUUAAAGUUUGAAAAGCAUUGUUAAACGAAAACCUAUCGAAGUUACUAAGUAAUUGGAUUUUAAUUGUGAAUUAUUAUAAAAGAUACUUUACUACCGUUUAAGUUUCUUGGUGAGCUAAUUAGCAUUAAAAGUCAGUCGUCUCAUAACCCUUGAUACGGUAAGCUCACCCAAAGAAUAAAACCCACACUCAGCAAAUCUUAA